CCACAAAGAACAUGUCCAACAAAAAAAAAGCAUCACCCUAACAGCCGUUGUUUUCCCGCUACAUAAAAGCCCACACCUCCACCAUCUCCUGUUCACCGCAGCUCCGGCAACCACCUCUCUCUGUCUCACAUCCGUCGUGGAGAUUUAUUUCGCGAUUCCGGUUUUAGAUCGUGAAAGAAGAAAAGGCUGAAUCUUUGGGGAACUGGGAAAGAAUGGGGACUGAAUUUGAGCAUCCAUCAUCCUCUCAUGGGUUUACCAAAAAUGAGUCUGCAAUGGAGCUUGAAUCCAGAAAUUUCGGGUGCAUUCAUUACAGGAGGAAAUGCAAAAUCAGGGCACCCUGUUGUGAUGAGAUUUUUGAUUGCAGGCAUUGCCAUAAUGAAGCAAAGAACACACUGGACAUUGAUCCCGUUCGUAGGCACGACAUUCCGCGACAUGAAAUUAAAAUGGUCAUAUGCUCCCAAUGUGGCACUGAGCAAGAUGUCCAACAAAAUUGCAUUAGCUGUGGAGUUUGCAUGGGGAAGUACUUUUGUUCGAAAUGCAAAUUCUUUGACGAUGAUGUUUCAAAGAACCAAUACCACUGUGAUGGAUGUGGAAUCUGCAGAACUGGAGGCAAGGAGAAUUACUUCCACUGCAACAAGUGUGGGUGCUGCUAUUCAAAUGUGAUUCAGGAUUCCCACCAUUGUGUGGAAAGAGCAAUGCACCACAAUUGUCCAGUUUGCUUUGAGUUCCUAUUCGACACGAUAAAAGAAGUCACCGUCUUACCUUGUGGCCACACGAUACAUUUGGAAUGUGUGAAAGAAAUGGAGCUACAUUUCAGAUAUUCAUGCCCAGUUUGCUCCAAAUCCAUCUGUGAUAUGUCCAGUGUGUGGGAAAAGCUUGAUCAUGAGAUUGCGGCGACUCCAAUGCCACAGUUCUACAAAAAUAAACUGGUACGAAUCCUCUGUAACGAUUGUGGAGAAACAUCGGAAGUUCAUUUCCACGUUGUCGCACACAAAUGCCAAAAAUGCAAAUCAUACAAUACCAGACAGAUACAGGGAGGCUCCACUACUUCUUGCCCCUCGAGGAUUGCUGAGAUUGGUGAGGUGACUGCUGAUUGAAUCAUGAGUUUCAACGGAUGACACAAUUGUUCGACUCCCGAGAAUUCGAAGAUUGUUUUGAGAGAAGGGGAGUAUUUUUUUUUCAGAUAUAGAAGCAGAGGGCAGAGGGAUUGUCUCUGGUAUAAUGUUCAGCACUAAAUAGACCAUCCUGUGUACAGAUCAUUUCAUAGUAGUCGAAGUUUUUUCGAGGCUCCGCGGGUUUAAUCCAUCAGUGUUAAGUGGA